AUGGCAGCGGAGCCCGGGCGCUCGUGGGCUCAGGCGCGCAGGGUGUACGGGGCGAGCGACGCGCUGCGGCGCGGCGUGGACCGCCGCCGGGACCCGGGGCCGCUACCCAACGGGCCGGGCCCUGAAGACGGCCGCGCCCCGGGCCGCCUGGCCCGCGUGCGGGGCCAGCUCCGGGCCGAGGUGGCGGCGCGGGCCGAGGCACCACGGCUGCUGCGGCUGGUGGAGCGCGCGGGGGCCGGGGCGGCGGGGGCGGCGGGGGCCGGCGAGAGGACGGACGCGCGCAGCGGCGGCUCGGUGUGCUCAGUGUGCGGGGAGCCGCGCGGCGGGGCCACCUACCCCGCGGGCGUGCUGGAGGUGAGCGAGCGGCGGCUGCAGGAGGGCCUGGCGGCCGUGCGCGCCGAGCUGGGCGCGGGGCUGGAGGCGCUGCGCGCGGAGCUCCGGGCCGAGCUGGACGCCCUGCGUGCGCUGCUGCCGCCCCCGCCGUCCCCGCCGCCUCCCCAGCGCCCCCGCCGGGAGCCCCGCGCCGCCCCCCGCAUCGCGCCCCGCGUCCCGGCCCUGCUGCGGGCUCUCGGCACCGUGAACAGCCUGGUUGCCGCCGCGAGGCCCUCGGAGGACGCCCCCGACGGUCAUGCCGAAGGCGGUGCCAACCGAAUCCCAACCCGGAAGAAUCCAAAGACGACGCCGGUGUCGCCCAGUGCCCCGCAAAGCGGCGGGGACUGA